UAAAACUACAUAACUGGCUCUCUCCUUAUAACCUUUGAGCUCGAUACUUGCAAACCCCAUCGAUACACUUUUCGCAUCAGUACAUUCCCCCUCGAAACACUCUCCCAAUCGCAGACACGAUGGAUGUCGAACUAUACGUGUAUGACCUGAGUCAAGGACUUGCGAGAAUGAUGUCGCAAGGUUUGCUGGGAAUACACAUUGAUGCUGUCUACCACACUUCUCUGGUGUUUGGAGGCGUCGAGUACUUCUACGGUGCUGGCGUUCAGACUUGCUACCCCGGCUCCACCCAUCAUGGCCAACCUAUGGAAAAAACCAAAAUGGGAAAGACCGAACUAGAAUUGGACGACAUUCUGGAGUACCUCGACUCUUUAAAAGAGACAUACACGGCCGAGUCCUAUGAUCUAUUCAAGCAUAACUGCAACAACUUCUCCAAUGAUUUCGCCAUGUUUUUAGUCGGGAAAGGCAUUCCGGACCACAUCACUGCCUUGCCCGAGACCGUGCUCAACACUCCGUUCGGCUCUAUGAUGAAGCAGCGUCUUGAUGCAGAGAUGAGGCACAUUACUCAAGCCGCUGUACCACCGGAGAACAACCCUAUGAUUCAGCGCGAGCGUAAGCAGCAGAGAGACGACGCUCACCGGGGCAGUCAGAACAGCACUGCCGCUCCUGCUUCCAGCUCUGCUCCACCUGCAGUGCAGCAGAACGGCUCAGAUCAGACGCCGCCGAAGAAGAAGCCGAAGAAGCUUGAAGUUCGCAGCGCUGCAGGUGGCGACCAAAAGAAUGGCGACACUCAGGCUUCUUCCCAAACAUCGGAACAGACGCCAAAGAAGCAUCCUAAGAAACUCGAGGUUCGUGACAGCGCCGCAUCCAAAGCAGAUGGUGUGCACGGUUCUGUGUACAAUGUAACGCAAUUAUCGUCAGUCGACAACCUCCUUGCUGGUGCAAAGGACAAGUGUGCUGUCAUCUUCUUCACCUCAUCUACAUGUGGACCUUGCAAGAUGGCUUAUCCGACAUACGAUUCUCUAGCAGCCGAGCAUACGCAGGUUCCCUUCAUCAAGAUCGACAUCAACGAAGCCCAGGCACUUGCAUCCAAGUAUCAGAUUCGGGCAACCCCGACGUUUAUGACUUUCCUGCAUGGCAAAAAGGAUAGUGAAUGGACUGGAGCCAAUCCUGCCCAGUUGAAGGGAAAUGUUGAAUCUCUUCUUCAGCAAGCUUUCCCUCCCCAUCCUCAUCUACAAGUCCGCGUACCUACCCUACAGUUCGGAAGACUCAGCCCUAUCACAUACUCGAAGAUUCCUCCUCUCGACAAGGUGCUCGCAAAGAUGGGCAAUCAAGCAAAGGAUCCGGCUGUUGUUGCAUUGAAGAACUUUAUCUCGUCUCGUACUUCUAAUACAUCGGACCUUCCCGGUCUACCGGAUCUUCCUGCCUUUGCGCGAUGGUUACGCCAAUCACCUAGUCAACUACCAGCUGACGCCUUGUUCACAUCAUACGACGUACUGCGCUGUGCACUUGUUGACCAGCGAGUGAGUGGUUGGUUCACAGAAGAGUCGGCCCCUGGAGACUCAGAGACUCUCACAUUCUUGAUCAACCAUGUUUUGACUCUUAUCAAUGAUGAUACUUGCCCUUACAAUCUCAGGCUUGUCACAAUCCAGUUGGCAUGCAAUCUGUUCACCUCGGAUCUCUUCACAAAGUCGGCAUUCAGCAACGACCGCAAUAGCGGACUACCUUCAAUGCUCGUGCAGGUAGCUACAACAAGCUUGCUUGCCGAGCCAGACAAGCCAGCCGUUCGUGCUGCGGCUUCAUCGCUUGCUUUCAACAUUGCAGCCACGGUUUACCGCCUUCGAAGAGAAGAGAAUCGUGAAGCACUGCAGGAGUCAUCGCAGGUCGAAUUGGCUGCUAGUCUACUGGAGAUGAUGACCACGGAGCUUGAGAAUAGAGAGGAGAAGAAGGAUACUACCGGCACAGAUAUGCUAAAGACAGCAGUCUUCGCAUUUGCUUACCUCAUUUACUGCGCCCCUCAAGGUGGAGAAUUGCACGAUUUAUGCAGUGCGAUGGAUGCAAAGGCGGCUGUUCUGAAGCUCAAGGGAGUGAAAGAUCUGGAGAAGGUCGCCUCAGAAGUCGGUGAACAGCUGCUGGGAAAGAAUUGGUGAAACAUUGAACUGCGAUGCAGCCCAACUGAUACACGAUAGAUACCCUACGAUAGAUGCAAUAAUGAGUAACAAUGCCCAAGUACUCGACAAUAUCGAGCUGCAUAUUGUGAUGUGAGAUAGAACAUCGGAUUCCGAUAAAUCGAAUUCUUACGACAGAAAUUGCCG